ACGCAGAGACACACAACCGCCAGCUCGGAACUUUUUACGCAUCCAUUACAAAAAAAAAAAAAAAACUGUCCCCGGGGGUCGGACUCGGUCACCGGCCGUGGCCACGCACGCACCACCGUGGCCGUUUAUCGCGCGUGGGUUCCUUUUUUUUUGUUUUUUUUGCGCACGUUUCACAACCGAACGCGGGUUUGUUUUGGAUUAGCUAGCUAGCUUUAGCUGCCCCCCCCCCUUUUUUUUCCCUCCUUCGUCUUUCUUCCGUGGGCUAAUCUACACGCCACAUUCUUUACCUUCCACGGGGAAGGAAAUACACGGACCUCCAAACUUUGUCCACCUCCCCCCUUUUUUUUUGUGUGUGCUUCCGUCUGGAGCUUUUUAUGAGUUGGCGGCGUGGUGCUGCCUCGGGAGGGGUGAAGGAGUUCACGUGAGUGCUGGGAAGAAAAGCUCCACGUUUUAUUAUUAUUAUUAUUAUUUUUUAACCUGGAACCCCCCCCCAAGAUAACUUCUGACACGCGUGGACAUUUUUUUUGGGGGACUACUCGUGGAUGCCAGGAGCAAAAAAAAGACACAUGGACGCUGACUGCCGUCUUCACUUAUGGAAAAUGAACAUUUGUGUGGCCGCCAUGGAGGACCACGACGUCUAGUGGCCCUAGUUUGCCCUUCAAGACGCGGGGAGCGACAUACCUUGUCCGGGGAGCGACGACGUACCGUGUCCGGGGGAGAUCCUUCCAUCGCCGCCGAGCGAUAAUCGUCGUUAAACACUUGAGUCGCUGCCCCUUAAAAAUGAGACUCAAACUCGGAGCACAACUUGGGCUUUUUCUGCUCAUUUGUAGCUGCCAGCAUGGACUUACCAAGGGAGAAAUCUGUCAGAGCAAAGACAUCCGCAACAAUGUGACCAACCUGCAGUCGCUGGAGAACUGCACCAUCAUCGAGGGCCACCUGAAGAUCCUGCUCAUGUUCAAGACCAAGACCGAGGACUUCCGGGGCCUCAGCUUUCCCAAGUUACGAGUGGUGACCGACUACAUGCUGCUGUUCCGGGUCUACGGCCUGGACUCCCUCACCGACCUCUUCCCCAACCUGACGGUGGUCCGCGGCAACAACCUCUUCUUCAACUACGCCCUGGUCAUCUACGAGAUGCUGCAGCUGAAGGAGGUGGGCCUUCACAGCCUCAUGAACAUCACCCGGGGGGCGGUGAGGAUCGAGAAGAACCCGGACCUCUGCUACCUGGCCACCCUGGACUGGUCCAAGAUCCUGGACUCGGUGGAGGACAACUACAUCGUGGAGAACAAGAACGACCGGGAGUGCGGCGACGUGUGUCCCGGCACGGCCCAGGGCCAGACCGUCUGCCCGCAGAACACCAUCAACGGACACUUCCGAGGACGCUGCUGGUCCCAGAACCACUGCCAGAGAAUGUGCCUGGACCGCUGCAAGCACGGCGCAUGCAACCUCCAGGGCCAGUGCUGCCACGACCAGUGCUUGGGCGGCUGCUCCGAGCCGGGCAACGCCAGCAGCUGCGUGGCCUGCAGGAACCUCCAGCACGCCAGCAGCUGCUUGGAGAAGUGUCCCGCCGGGUACUACGUCUUCAGGGGGUGGCGCUGCGUCAGCUUCUCCUUCUGCCAGGCGCUCCACAACCAAUGUAAGGAGACCAAGAGGCAGAACCAAGGCCGGGAGUCUGGUUGCCAUGAAUACGUCAUCCACAAUGGCGCCUGUAUUCCUGAGUGUCCUUCUGGAUAUACCACUAUAAACUCCUCCAUGUUGACGUGCUCGCCGUGUGCCGGACUCUGUCCCAAACUGUGUGUGGGGAAUAAAACCAUCGACUCCGUGACGUCGGCCCAGGCUCUGAGAGGAUGCACCGUCCUGCACGGCAACCUCAUGGUCAAGAUCCGAGGAGGCAAUAACAUUGCAGCUGAGCUGGAGACGAGUCUGGGUCAACUAGAGGAGAUUACGGGUUACCUGACAGUCCGCAGAGCUUACGCCCUGGUGUCUCUCUCCUUCCUGCGCAAGCUGCGAGUCAUCAGAGGAGAACACCUGGAGGGAGACAUCUACGCCUUCUACGCCCUGGACAACCAGAACCUGCGUGAGCUGUGGGACUGGUCCAAGCACAACCUGACCAUCCAGCGGGGCCGCACCUUCUUCCACUACAACUCCAAGCUCUGCAUGUCGGAGAUACGCAAAAUGGAGGAGGUGACGGGUAGCAAAGAGCGCAAUCAGAAGAACGACAUCGCCGCACGCACCAACGGGGACCAAGCCUCCUGUGAAACCAAGUUGCUGAAGUUCACUUACAUCAAGGCGGGGCCAAACAAGAUUAUAGUGAAGUGGGAGCCAUUUUGGCCCUUGGAUUUCAGAGACCUGCUGGGAUUUAUGGUUCUCUACAAAGAAGCGCCGUACAAGAACGUGACGGAGUUUGACGGCCAGGACGCGUGCGGUUCUAACAGCUGGGUGAUCGCCGAUGUGGACCCGCCGGCCCGCGUCACCGACAACAAGGAGCAGCACGAGCCGGGCCACCUGAUCCGACCCCUCAAGCCCUGGACCCAGUACGCCAUCAUGGUCAAGACCCAGCUGUCUGCGUCGGACGAGCAUCAGGUCCAGGGAGCCAAGAGCGAGAUCAUCUACGUGCGCACCGACGCCUCCAAGCCCUCCGGGCCCCUGGACCCCAUCUCCUCGUCCAACUCCUCCUCCCAAAUCAUCCUCAAGUGGAAGCCCCCCACCAACCCCAACGGCAACAUCACGCACUACCGGGUCAUCUGCUACAAGCAGCCCGAGGACAGCGACCUGUACAAGUUUGACUACUGCCUGCAAGGAAUGAAGCUGCCGUCCCGGACCCCGACCCACUUGGACAGCGAGGACGAGCAGAAGUGGAACCACACGGACGAGCCCAACAUAGGCGGCAAGUGCUGUGCCUGUCCCAAGACGGACGUGCAGCUGAAGAAGGAGCAGGAGGAGAUCGAGUACCGCAAGACCUUCGAGAACUACCUGCACAACGAAGUCUUCGAGAGCAGACCCUCACGUAGAAGACGUUCAGUGGGAGUCGCCAACGCCACAGAAUUGCCCUUCCUACUUCCCACCAUCUUCCCAGACGACGCCAACGCCACCAAAGCCGCGCCCAAAGACAAGGACAAGGAGGGAGCCAAGGUGGAGCUGAAGGUCUUCUCCAAAGAGUCGACGGUGGUCUCCAACCUGCAGCACUUCACCAGCUACAAGAUCGAGAUCAUGACGUGCAACCAUCCCACGGACCUGAAGCGCUGCAGCAUGCCCGCCUACAUCAGCGCCAGGACCAUGCCUGAAGAGAAAGCGGACGACAUCCCGGGCCAGGUGAGCCACGAGAUCAUGAACGGCGAGCCGGCCUCCGUGUUCAUCAAGUGGAGGGCGCCGCCCUCGCCCAACGGCCUCAUCAUCCUGUACGAGGUGUUCUACAGGAAGGUGGGCGAGACCGAGGUUCACACGGCCUGCGUGUCUCGACCCGCCUACCUCAAGUCUGGCGGCACAAAGCUGUCGCUGGUCCACCCCGGGAACUACAGCGUGUCGGUCCGUGCCACGUCCUUGGCGGGGAACGGCUCUUUCACGGAGACCACCCACUUCUUCAUGCCCAACAAGGACCCUGGCUACCUGGGGGUGGUCAUUGGCCCCGUCAUCUGCUUCAUCCUGUUGUUAGUGGUGGGCUCCGGGGUCUUCAUGGUCCUCAGGAAGAAGCAAGCAGAGGGACCGACUGGACCUCUUAUCGCCUCCUCCAAUCCCGAGUACCUCAGCGCCAAUGAAGCCUACGUUCCCGACGAGUGGGAGGUCCCCCGGGAGAAGAUCGCGGUGCUCCGAGAGCUGGGUCAGGGCUCCUUCGGCAUGGUCUACGAAGGACUCGCCAAGGACAUCGUCAAAGGCGACCCGGAGACCAGCGUGGCCGUCAAGACGGUCAACGAGUCGGCCAGCCUGCGAGAGAGGAUCGAGUUCCUCAACGAGGCUUCCGUCAUGAAGGGCUUCAGCUGCCACCAUGUGGUACGCCUCCUAGGUGUGGUGUCCAAGGGUCAGCCCACCCUGGUCGUGAUGGAGCUGAUGACGCACGGCGACCUAAAGAGCUACCUGCGAGGCCUCAGGCCAGAUUCAGAGAACAACCCGACAGGCCGCCCUCCGCCCAGCCUCAAGGAGAUGAUCCAGAUGGCUGCAGAGAUUGCAGACGGCAUGGCCUACCUCAACGCCAAGAAGUUUGUGCACAGAGACCUGGCGGCCAGGAACUGCAUGGUGGCCGAGGACUUCACCGUCAAGAUUGGCGACUUCGGUAUGACGCGGGACAUCUACGAGACUGACUACUACAGGAAAGGAGGCAAAGGUCUGCUUCCUGUCAGGUGGAUGGCGCCCGAGUCGCUCAAGGACGGAGUCUUCACCGCCCACUCGGACUGCUGGUCGUUUGGCGUGGUGCUGUGGGAGAUCACCACGCUAGCGGAGCAGCCUUACCAGGGCUUGUCCAACGAGCAGGUCCUGAAGUUCGUCAUGGACGGGGGCUUCCUGGACCGCCCUGACAACUGUCCCGAGAGGAUGCACAGCCUCAUGCAGAUGUGCUGGCAGUACAACCCCAAGAUGCGGCCCAUGUUCCACGAGAUCAUCGAGAUGCUGCGGGAGGACCUGCACCCGUCCUUCCAGGAGGUCUCCUUCUUCUUCAGCGAGGAGAACAAGGUCCACGAGACGGAGGACUUCGACCUGGACCUGGACAACAUGGAGAGCAUCCCCCUGGACCCGUCCUCCUACUUGCAGCGAGAGGAGACCCUGGGCAGGGACAGCGGGCCCUCGGUGGCCCUCAGGGGGAACUACGAGGAGCACGUGCCCUACACGCACAUGAACGGCGGCAAGAAAAACGGACGCAUCUUAUCCUUGCCCAGGUCAAGCCCUUCCUAACGUUUCCUGGGAGACCACGUAGACCCGGGGCCAGGACCAGGACCUCAAGCAUCCUUCUUCUCUCCUUUCUUCUCCACCCACGCGGAUCUCAGGACUCGGACUUCUCUUCCUCCUGACUGCCAAGCAAAGGGAUGCAAGCGGAUCUUCUCCGGCAUCCUGGGGGCUGUCUCCAGGACUCUGGGCAAGGCUGGAGGUCUCACACACACACACACACACACACACACACACACACACACACACACACACACACACACACACACACACACAUGUAUUUCUUGCCUUCUUGAGACCUGUGAAAAAUGCCUACCUCUUUAGAACCAGCCUUUCUAGAUAUAUAAAUAAGUGUAUUUACAAAAUUAAUAAUAUAUACAUACUAUGCAAAUAUAAAAAAGCUUCUUGUGAAUUUCACAAGAAAAAGGUCACAAUUUCACAAGAAAAACUUAGAAUUUUGGCAGUAUUAUAAUAAAAGUUGUAAUUUUGCUCAACGCAAGUCAACAUUUUACAAGAAGGACUGAACAUUUCUGCAAUAUUAUGAUAAAAGUUGGAAUUUUACUCAAUAACUGUCACAAUUUCACAAGAAAAACUUAGAAUUUUGGCAGUAUUAUAAUAAAAGUUGUAAUUUUGCUCAACGCAAGUCAACAUUUUACAAGAAGAACUAAACAUUUCUGCAAUAUUAUGAUAAAAGUUGGAAUUUUACUCAAUAACUGUCACAAUUUCACAAGAAAAACUUAGAAUUUUGGCAGCAUUAUAAUAAAAGUUGUAAUUUUGCUCAACGCAAGUCAACAUUUUACAAGAAGAACUGAACAUUUCUGCAAUAUUAUGAUAAAAGUUGGAAUUUUACUCAAUAACUGUCACAAUUUCACAAGAAAAACUUAGAAUUUUGGCAGUAUUAUAAUAAAAGUUGUAAUUUUGCCCAACGCAAGUCAACAUUUUACAAGAAGAACUGAACAUUUCUGCAAUAUUAUGAUAAAAGUUGGAAUUGUACUCAAUAACUGUCACAAUUUCACAAGAAAAACUUAGAAUUUUGGCAGUAUUAUAAUAAAAGUUGUAAUUUUGCUCAACGCAAGUCAACAUUUUACAAGAACUGAACAUUUCUGCAAUAUUAUGAUAAAAGUUGGAAUUUUACUCAAUAACUGUCACAAUUUCACAAGAAAAACUUAGAAUUUUGGCAGUAUUAUAAUAAAAGUUGUAAUUUUGCUCAACGCAAGUCAACAUUUUACAAGAAGAACUGAACAUUUCUGCAAUAUUAUGAUAAAAGUUGGAAUUUUACUCAAUAACUGUCACAAUUUCACAAGAAAAACUUAGAAUUUUGGCAGUAUUAUAAUAAAAGUUGUAAUUUUGCUCAACGCAAGUCAACAUUUUACAAGAAGAACUGAAAAUGUCUGCAAUAUUAUGAUAAAAGUUGGAAUUUUACUCAAUAACUGUCACAAUUUCACAAGAAAAACUUAGAAUUUUGGCAGUAUUAUAAUAAAAGUUGUAAUUUUGCUCAACGCAAGUCAACAUUUUACAAGAAGAACUGAACAUUUCUGCAAUAUUAUGAUAAAAGUUGGAAUUUUACUCAAUAACUGUCACAAUUUCACAAGAAAAACUUAGAAUUUUGGCAGUAAUAUAAUAAAAGUUGUAAUUUUGCUCAACGCAAGUCAACAUUUUACAAGAAGAACUGAACAUUUCUGCAAUAUUAUGAUAAAAGUUGGAAUUUUACUCAAUAACUGUCACAAUUUCACAAGAAAAACUUAGAAUUUUGGCAGUAUUAUAAUAAAAGUUGUAAUUUUGCUCAACGCAAGUCAACAUUUUACAAGAAGAACUGAACAUUUCUGCAAUAUUAUGAUAAAAGUUGGAAUUUUACUCAAAAACUGUCACAAUUUCACAAGAAAUACUUAGAAUUUUGGCAGUAUUCUAAUAAAAGUUGUAAUUUUGCUCAACGCAAGUCAACAUUUUACAAGAAGAACUGAACAUUUCUGCAAUAUUAUGGUAAAAGUUGGAAUUUUACUCAAUAACUGUCACAAUUUCACAAGAAAAACUUAGAAUUUUGGCAGUAUUAUAAUAAAAGUUGUAAUUUUGCUCAACGCAAGUCAACAUUUUACAAGAACUGAACAUUUCUGCAAUAUUAUGAUAAAAGUUGGAAUUUUACUCAAAAACUGUCACAAUUUCACAAGAAAUACUUAGAAUUUUGGCAGUAUUAUAAUAAAAGUUGUAAUUUUGCUCAACGCAAGUCAACAUUUUACAAGAAGAACUGAACAUUUCUGCAAUAUUAUGGUAAAAGUUGGAAUUUUACUCAAUAACUGUCACAAUUUCACAAGAAAAACUUAGAAUUUUGGCAGUAUUAUAAUAAAAGUUGUAAUUUUGCUCAACGCAAGUCAACAUUUUACAAGAAGAACUGAACAUUUCUGCAAUAUUAUGAUAAAAGUUGGAAUUUUACUCAAUAACUGUCACAAUUUCACAAGAAAAACUUAGAAUUUUGGCAGUAUUAUAAUAAAAGUUGUAAUUUUGCUCAACGCAAGUCAACAUUUUACAAGAAGAACUGAACAUUUCUGCAAUAUUAUGAUAAAAGUUGGAAUUUUACUCAACAACUGUCGCAAUUUCACAAGAAAAGUUUAACAUUUCGGCAAUUUUAUACAAAGAGUCGUAAUUUUACUCGACAAAUGUCACAAUUUCACAAGAAAACGUACAAAUGUUGGCAAUAUUAUGAUAAUAAUCGGAAUUUCACUUAGUCAUAAUUUUACUUUUUGGGGGAUGAAUGGGAAAGUCCUUCUUUAGCUUGUUUUAUCACAUAUUGCUGCCUUUUGUACACACAUUAAAUCAACCAAAAAAUCCUGACUUUGGAGCAAUGUUCACGGACUCUAGUAUUUUGCUCUCUAUUAGAUAACACGGUUUUCUGCAUUGGCACCAUGAUUUAUGUCCUCACUUGUUCACACCUCCUCACGUGGAAGGUACUUUUCCUUGUUGGUGUCUCAAGAAGGGUGGAAAAUACAACAGCACACACACACACACACACACACACACACACACACACACACACACACACACACACACACACACACACACACACGUAUUUCUUGCCUUCUUGAGACCUGUGAAAAAUGCCUACCUCUUUAGAACCAGCCUUUCUAGAUAUAUUAAUAAGUGUGAAUAAUAUAUACAUACUAUGCAAAUAUAAAAAAGCUUCUUGUGAAAAAUCGGUUGGAAUUUCACAAGAAAAAGGUCACAAUUUCACAAGAAAAACUUAGAAUUUUGGCAGUAUUGUAAUAAAAGUUGUAAUUUUGCUCAACGCAAGUCAACAUUUUACAAGAAGAACUGAACAUUUCUGCAAUAUUAUGAUAAAAGUUGGAAUUUUACUCAAUAACUGUCACAAUUUCACAAGAAAAACUUAGAAUUUUGGCAGUAUUAUAAUAAAAGUUGUAAUUUUGCUCAACACAAGUCAACAUUUUACAAGAAGAACUGAACAUUUCUGCAAUAUUAUGAUAAAAGUUGGAAUUUUACUCAAUAACUGUCGCAAUUUCACAAGAAAAGUUUAACAUUUCGGCAAUUUUAUACAAAGAGUCCUAAUUUUACUCGACAAAAGUCACAAUUUUAUAAGAAAACGUACAAAUGUUGGCAAUAUUAUAAUAAUAAUCGGAAUUUCACUUAGUCAUAAUUUUACUUUUUGGGGGAUGAAUGGGAAAGUCCUUUAGCUUGUUUUAUCACAUAUUGCUGCCUUUUGUACACACAUUAAAUCAACCAAAAAAAUCCUGACUUUGGAGCAAUGUUCACGGACUCUAGUAUUUUGCUCUCUAUUAGAUAACACGGUUUUCUGCAUUGGCACCAUGAUUUAUGUCCUCACUUGUUCACACCUCCUCACGUGGAAGGUACUUUUCCUUGUUGGUGUCUCAAGAAGGGUGGAAAAUACAACAGCACACACACACACACACACACACACACACACACACACACACACACACACACACACACACGUAUUUCUUGCCUUCUUGAGACUUAUGAAAAAUGCCUACCUCUUUAGAACCAGCCUUUCUAGAUAUAUAAAGAAGUGUAUUUACAACAUUAAUAAUAUAUACAUACUAUGCAAAUAUAAAAAAGCUUGUUGUGAAAAAUGAGUUGGAAUUUCACAAGAAAAAGGUCAGAAUUUCACAAGAAAAACUUAGAAUUUUGGCAGUAUUAUAAUAAAAGUUGCAAUUUUGCUCAACGCAAGUCAACAUUUUACAAGAAGAACUGAACAUUUCUGCAAUAUUAUGAUAAAAGUUGGAAUUUUACUCAAUAACUGUCGCAAUUUCACAAGAAAAGUUUAACAUUUCGGCAAUUUUAUACAAAGAGUCGUAAUUUUACUCGACAAAAGUCACAAUUUUAUAAGAAAACGUACAAAUGUUGGCAAUAUUAUGAUAAUAAUCGGAAUUUCACUUGGUCAUAAUUUUACUGUAAUAUUUUGUACACACAUUAAAUCAACCAAAAAUCCUGACUUUGGAGCAAUGUUCACGGACUCUAGUAUUUUGCUCUCUGUUAGAUAACACGGUUUUCUGCAUUGGCACCAUGAUUUAUGUCCUCACUUGUUCACACCUCCUCACGUGGAAGGUACUUUUCCUUGUUGGUGUCUCAAGAAGGGUGGAAAAUACAACACACACACACACACACACAUAAACACACACACCAAGAACUGUGAACACGACAAACCUUAGACAACCACAAGGCUGCUUCUGCUCUUCAAAAACAAAAAAAAAGGUGGCACUCCCGUCCUCCCGCUUUUCUCCCCCGGACUUUGUUGCCAGACGGUGGCCUUUCGACGAGUGGCCUCUAAAGAAAAAGCGCUUUGGGGAAGAAUCCACGGUAGAACAAAAAUAUGAGGAACAUCGGGUCUUUUCUUUUUGUUGUUGUUAUUAUUAUUAUUAUUCCAAAAGAUAUUCGUGGGGUGAAUAGUUUUAAUUUAUUUGAUGCUUGAUUUCUCUCUUUUCUUCCGCGUCCUCACGUGUACGGCUGAAGGAUAUUUAAACAGUUCUCAUUGGACAAAGGAGUUCCUCAGACUGACCAAUAGCAUAUAUUUGACUAGUAUAUUGCUAGCAGGUCCCAUAUAUAUCAUCUUCUUGUACAGAUUUCUUAGUAUCUACUUUACUUUUUCACACUUUUCUUCUCCUUCAAAUGUUUUUAUUUUUGUAGCCCCGCCCACCUUUGACCUUCCACAGGUGUUCAGAAACACAAAAAAGGGUAAAGAAGCGUUGAAAAAGAGGAAUGAGGUCUUGAUGAAGGUCCAGCGUUGUUGCUAUGGCGACCAUCUUCCAGCAGGUGGCAGCAUCCCUCCGUCUUUUAGUCCGGUGUGUUACAUGGUGGUGGUCUACAUAGUCUUGCUCUCGUCCGGGGGUCUGAGGUGCGGCUCGGGCCAGACCUGGUGCGGUUUCCCGGGAACUGGUCAUGCUGGACUUGCACCUGAUGGAUCUCAUUGGUCACUGUAACGUUUGAGGGUGCGCAGCUAGCGACACAUGCUAACUAGCGACACAUGCUAACUAGCGACACAUGCUAACUCGUAACACAUGCUAACUAGCGACACAUGCUAACUAGCAACACAUGCUAAUUAGAGACACAUGCUUACUCGUGACACAUGCUAAUUAGAGACACAUGCUAACUAGCGACACAUGCUAACUCGUGACACAUGCUAACUAGCAACACAUGCUAAUUAGAGACACAUGCUAACUCGUGACACAUGCUAAUUAGAGACACAUGCUAACUAGCGACACAUGCUAAUUAGAGACACAUGCUAACUAGAGACACAUGCUAACUAGCGACACAUGCUAAUUAGAGACACAUGCUAACUAGCGACACAUGCUAAA